AUGAAAGAGAAGAUGUACAGAAGAAAACCUUCACAAAAUGGAUAAAUUCCCAAUUUGCUAAGAUUGGAUCUCAGACAUUUUGUAUUGAGAGCCUCUUUUCUGCAGGAAGACCCCCUAUUAAUGACCUCUUCACAGAUCUGCGUGAUGGCCGCCGUCUUCUGGAGCUUUUGGAAGGCUUGACUGGGAAAGAAUUGGUGAAAGAGCGUGGUUUCACACGUGUUCACUCACUCAAUAAUGUCAACAGAGUGCUACAGAUCCUUCAGAAGAACAAUGUUGAUCUGGUGAAUAUUGGAGGAGCUGAUAUUGUCGAUGGCAACCAUAAACUGACAUUGGGACUCAUCUGGAGCAUAAUUCUUCACUGGCAGGUGAAGGAUGUGAUGAAAGAUGUGAUGGCAAACUUAAAGCAAACCAGCAGUGAGAAGAUUCUGUUGAGCUGGGUUAGGCAGUCCACCAAGAGCUACCCACAGGUCAAUAUUGUAAACUUCUCCAGCAGCUGGGAAGAUGGUCUGGCCUUUAAUGCUCUUAUCCAUAGCCACAGGCCGGAGCUGUUUGAUUGGGAUGUGGUGGAACAGAUGGAUAAAGCUUACGACAGGCUGGAUCACGCUUUCUCCGUUUCUGAAAAGCAUUUGGGCAUCGAUCGACUGCUUGACCCUGAGGAUGUGGCUACUGUUCCAGACAAGAAGUCUAUUAUUAUGUACAUCACCUCCCUGUUUCAAGUUCUACCCCAUGGUGUCAGUAUGGAGGCCAUAGAGGAGGUUGAGACCCUUCCCCACACUGUAAUCUCUAAAGAAAAACAUUUCCAUUUUCAAACACAGCAGCGAUUUUCCCAGCAGAUCACAGUCAGUGUGGCUCAUAGUCAAGUGCGUAGCCCGUCUCCUUCAAACAAGUUGCGCUACAAAAGUUAUGCCUUCACUCAGGCUGCAUAUGUUCGAUCACCUGAACAGACAGGAAAGACCCCCAUCACACUGUCUUCAGAAAGUCCAGAGGAUCGGUGGCCUUCCCCAGCUGCUUUCCAACAUGGUUCAAACCGGCUAGAGAGUUACCAGAAUUCCCUGGAAGAGGUUUUGACGUGGCUUUUGUCAGCUGAGGAUAACCUGCAAGCUCAGCCCCCCAUCUCCUCUUCUGUAGAAGAAGUAAAGGAGCAGUUUCACGCUCAUGAGGGAUACAUGAUUGAGCUGACUGCCCAUCAGGGAAGUGUAGGUAAUGUGCUAAAGGCAGGGAGCAUUCUCUUGGCUGAGGGGCAGCUAACUGAAGAUGAGGAGAAUGAAGUUCGGGAACAGAUGAAUCUUUUAAACUCUCGCUGGGAACAUUUACGAGUUUCCAGUAUGGAACGACAAAGCAGGCUUCAUGAAGUUUUAAUGGACUUGCAGAAUCAGCAGCUAAAACAGCUCUCCACCUGGUUAGAUGUUACUGAAGCUCGAAUUAAACAAAUGGAAGCCCAGCCCUUAGGUCCUAAAAUUGAACAUUUAAAACAUCAAAUUGAAGAGCACAAGCUGUUACAAGAGGACCUGGAGGUGGAGCAGGUGCGAGUGAACUCUCUGACUCACAUGGUUGUAGUAGUAGAUGAAAGCAGUGGAGAGAGUGCUACUGCAGCAUUGGAGGAGAAAUUACAGAACCUUGGAGAGAGAUGGGCAGCCAUCUGUAAAUGGACAGAGGAACGGUGGAUCCUCCUUCAAAAGAUCUUGAGGAGUUGGCAGCAUUUCAUUGAGGAGCAGCAUAUGUUUGAGUCCUGGCUAACACAGAAGGAGCAGGUAUUUCUUUCCAUCCAAAGCAGUGGUACCACUGAUCCCAACGAAGUAGCAGCCAGUCUCAGAAAACUUGCUAUUCUGAAAGCAGACAUUGAGCUCAAAAGACAGACGAUGGACAAACUGUGCUCUCUUGUUCAAGAUCUAUUGUCCAACAUUAGGAAUAAGCAGGCCUCAGAAAAACUUGAAGCACAGUUAGAAAGGCUUGCUCAGCGGUGGGACAAACUAGUGCAGUCUCUUCACCUCACCAGCACCAAGCUUUCAAAUACUCUUACUGCAUCCCAGACUGAAACUACACACACAACUGUGGAAGUCGUCAAGCAUCAGAAAAAAGUGGUGAAGCAUGUCAAAGAGGGUUUUACUACCCCGCCACCUCAAAAGAAGCGGCAGAUUGUUGUUGAUUCAGAGCUUCGCAAGAGGUUUGAUGUGGAUUUCACUGAGAUUCACAGUUUCAUGACUCGCUCAGAAGCCACCCUGCAAAAUCCCGAAUUCUCAGUUUCACGCAAGGAAGGCAGUGUUUCAGACCUCUAUGACAAAGUCUUGGCCAUUGAUAAAGAAAAACCAGAGAAGCUCAGAAAGCUGCAGGAAGCAACACGGUCAGCUCAGGCUCUAGUAGAUCAGCUCACAAGUGAUGGCCAGAAUUCUGAUGAUAUUCAGCAAGCUUCUCAGCAGUUACAGACCCGGUGGAAUGAGUUUUGCUCACUGCUGGCUGAAAGGCUUGCAUGGCUGGCCUACCAGACUAAAGUACUGGCUUUCUACAAUCUCUUCCACAACUUGGAGCAGUUAGUAGCAAAUUCAGAGAACUGGCUAAAAAUUCAGCAACCUCCAGCCUGUGAGGCAGAACCACUGAGGAUCCAACUUGAGCGCUGCAGGGAUGAGAUAGCUCGUCUGUCUGUGCUUGAACCGGAAGUGGAUCACUUACCUGAACAACUUCAAGAGCUAAAAGAGAACGAGGAAACACAGGUGCUCCUUGAUGCUGAUAUAGUGGCGUUCCAGGACCACUACCGGAAUGUUCUCGCAGACCUAAAGGCCAGAGAGAAACAGCUUGUAUUAGUCCAGACCAGUCUUCCCCCUGCACACUACAAGGAUGUAAUGGAAGCUCUAAUGGCAUGGCUGCAGCAAUUUGAAGGCAAAAUACCUUCUAGUGCUGUCACUGAGUAUCCAGUCAUGGAGCAAAGACUGAAAGACACAAUGGCAAUUCAAACCACGCAACAGGAGCAGCAGAGUAAAAAGGAUGAUCUUAAUAAUAUGGCUGAACAAGUGUACCAGAAAGCUCCCCCUGAGAUAUCUCAACGGUAUCACAUUGAAAUGGACAAUAUGAUGGCCUGUUGGAGACACAUGUCUGAACAGCUAGGAGAAAACAUUGAAAAAUUACAAGAACACAUGAGUAAGCUGGAACAGUUCCAGAAUGACUCAAAGACGCUGCAGAAGUGGAUGGCUGAAGUUGAUGUUUUUCUGAAUGAGGAGUGGCCAGCUUUAGGAGAUUCAGAGGCUCUUGAGAAGCAACUAGAACAGUGCAUAGCUUUAGUUAAUGACAUUCAUACUGUCCAGCCUAGUCUUAAUGGAAUCAAUGAGGUUGGACAGUUCUUGAAAAAGGAAUCAGAGCCACCAUUUACUCUCAAACUACAGAAGAUGCUUGAUGAUCUCAAUUCUCAGUGGGAACUAAUUUGCAAACAGGCAUAUGCAAAAAAAUCUGCCCUGAAAGGUGGACUGGAUAUGACCGUGAGCCUGAAGAAAGAAAUGCAAGAGAUGCAAGAGUGGAUUACACAAGCAGAAGAAGAUUACCUGGAGAGUGAUUUCCGUUAUAAAACACCUGAAGAACUUCAUACGGCAGUGGAGGAACUUAAGAGAGCUCAAGAAGAAAUCCAUCAGAAAAAAGUAAAGGUAAACCUUCUUGAAGAUAAAGUCAACAGUUUUAUUGCAAAGGCUCCACCCACAGCACAUGAGACCCUAAAAGCAGAACUAGAUGGUUUGACCUCCAACUACCAGCAGCUGUGUAGUCGGCUUGAUGGGAAAUACAAGACAUUAGAGGAGGUGUGGGCUUGUUGGUGUGAAUUGCUGUGCUACUUGGAACAGGAAAAUACUUGGAUGGAUUUACUGGAACAGAAACUUAAUGAUAUGGAGAACCUUCAAGGGGGAGCAGACAAAAUUGCUGACACUCUGGCUUCCUUAGAUGUCAUGAUAAAAGAGCAUCCUGAAUAUAAUCGCAACCAAAUACGUGAGUUGUCUCAGACUCUUAUGGAUGGAGGAGUCCUUGAUGAGCUCAUUCAAAAGAAGGUGGAAGAUUACAAUAUUCGCUGGGAUGAACUUAUGCAAAGGGCUUUACAAAAGCGACAGCAGCUAGAGAAGAGUUUACAGUGGAAGAACGAGAAUGACAAAACUCUGCGCCAAAUCCAGGAUUCUCUAAAGACAACAGAUCGUCAUUUGGCUGCAUAUCUUGCAGAUGGUAUAGAUGCUGCUCAGAUACCUCAGGAAGCUCAGAAAAUUCAGAAUGAACUGAAUGGCCAUGAAGUGACUUUAGAUGGUAUGAAGAAACUGAGAGAUGAAGAUGGAUCAGACAAAAUGAUCCCAGAGGUUGAUGCUACAUAUGGUAAGUUAUUGGAGGUGAAAGCAAAGUUUCGACUUUUCCAAAAGCCAGCUAACUUUGAUCAGAGGUUGAAGGAAUGUGAACGUGUAUUGGAAGAGGUGAAGAAUGAACUGGGGGUACUGAGCAUCCACAGUGUAGAGUAUGAUGUGGUGCAGUCCCAGUUGGAGCAGUGCAUGAAAUUGUAUAAAAGUCUAAGUGAAGUGAAAUCAGAAGUGGAGACGGUAAUUAAGACAGGAAGGCAAAUUGUGCAGAGACAGCAGACAGAGCAACCCAAAGAGUUGGACGAGCGUUUGACAAGCCUCAAACUCAUAUACAACGACUUGGGUUCACAGGUUACAGAAGGAAAGCAAGCACUAGAAAAGAGUUUAAAGUUAUUAAGAAAAUUUAAAAAAGACAUAAAAAGUCUAACAGAAUGGCUAGCAGCGGUUGAUGGUGAACUGACUUGUCGGUCAUCGGUAGAAGGAAUGCCUGAUGACCUGGAAGCGGAGCUAGCGUGGGCCAAGGCCACACAUAAGGAAACAGAGCAACGUGCAUCCCAACUUAAUUCAGUAAGAGAAUUAGCAGAAACCCUGAAGCCACUGCUAAGAGAAGAAAGCUUAAUAGAUGACAAAGUCAGCCUGCUGAACUGCAACUGGAUUGCUGUAACUUCACGUUGUGAACAGUGGCUGAAUAUGUUACUGGAUUACCAGAAUCAGAUGAAUAUAUUGGAACAGAAUGUUGCUCAUAUAAAUGCCUGGAUAGACGGAUCUGAGAAUGAGUUAGACAAGAUGGAGACCAGGGGCUGCAAUAACCAAACCAUUAAGCGUCUACAAGCAGAAUUGGUGGACAUGCGUGAGAAGUUGGCAGAUGUGCAAAGUCUUGCUGAAGACAUCAUUAAAAACAGGGGCGAGCACUGUAAAUCUCAAAUAGAGCCCAAGCUGAAUCAGCUCAAUCAACGCUUUGAAAUGAUUGCCAAAAGGAUUCUACAUGGACAGGCUUCCUCUCAAGAGUUAGAAGAAUAUCACAAGCAAGCUAAUACUUGGCUACUUAAGUUGGAUGAAGAGAUAAAACUUGGUGAAUGCAUAAAAGAAGAUGAUUUCAAAGAGGAUGCGGUUGUUGAUGAAAGUGAACUGAUGGACCUAUUCUUAAAAGGCGAAAAUCUCAUUAAAAGAACCACAGAUCCAGCAAAGUCAGCUGUUUGUCAAAAGCAUAAUCUGCUCCAUGACAAAUACAACACCUUGAAGAACCUAAAAUCACUUAGGAGGAAGAAGGCACUUGCUUUUGCCCCACAGUGGUACCAGUUCUCUAAAAGGUCAGAGGAUAUGACGCAGUGGCUUGACUACAUUGAGAUGACGAUAACUGAGCUUGAUUCUGCAAAUCAAUCAAGAGUGAAGAUUGGCACUGAAAUCGAAAAGCAGCGCCCAGAACUUGAAAAUGUCCGGAGUCUUGGUCACAAGCUAUCAGAAAAUGGCUUUACCAAACUUGUUGAACCACGCCUCAUUCCCAUUAAUAAACGCUGGGAACAGCUCGACUUGAAAGUUGAUGAAGUGUGUCAAGUUAGUGAACUGGAAGCUUUACUGCAAAGAAUUGAUGAAAAUGAUGCUCUACUGAACUCUGUGUGCUGGUCUGACACAAUGGAAAAUAUACCCCAACGAGAAAAGUGCCUUAAGGAUGUAAAACAUACUUUGGACACUCUUGAAUCUUCAGUGAACAAGGCUUUAGAGAAGAAAAACAUACCUCCUCAUGUGACUCCACUUGUUCAUCUCCUUAACACGAAGUGGGAAAAACUGAAGAAACUCUACCAGGAUCGGCUAGGAUAUUUUGACAAAUGCAAGAAAUAUGGGGACGUGUUUAAAUCCAUUCAGGACUGGUUGACUGUUGCAGAAAAAGCAUUACUGAAGUAUGAAGAAGAUCCAAACAUCAAUACAAGUCAAAUCAAGAAACUGCAGGAAGACUUGGAAAGUCAAGAGGCAGCAGUGAAACAGCUUAAUGCUCUGGGUGAGGACCUGCUGGCUUUGCAGAGCAGGAAGGAUAAUGAAGAAAAGAUUAAAAAGCAGCUAGAAUCCAUCAAUGCUCGCUGGAUUGCAGUGUUUAACCAGCUGUCUAAACUAAAGAGAAGAUCUAAUGGGGAAAAUAUUAUACUUGCUGAGCUUCAUGAUGAAUUAACAAACUUUCAGUCUUGGCUGGAUAGAGCGGAGUGUGUUGCUGACCUCCCUGUAGAGCCAGGCAAUAGGGAACAGCUUAAUUCAGCGUUAGAAAAAGUACAGGCUAAAGUAGCAGAAUUACCAAACAAAAUAAAAAUAUUACAAAACAUUGAAACAAAAUCUUCAUCCCUGCCUGCUGAUAAAAACAAAACUUUGGAAAAUAGUUUAAAGAUUAUCAACAUGCGAUUGGCCAAGGUGUCAUCUAAACUUCCUGAGAAGCAGCAACAGAUUGAGAAUUACUUGCGAGAUUUGAAUGCAUACCACAAGUUCUCGAGCUGGGCCUCUGCAACUAAGAACCUACUUGAACAAUCACCUGAAGCAAUUGAACACAAGAUGGAUGAUAUCCAGUCUAAGAAGCCAGAAAUCGAAACAGUUUUGGCCAAAGAAAGACCACUAUAUCAACCUGAAAGGGGCCAGUUUGAUAGUCUAAGUGCAGAUUGGAUAACUAUUCAAAUGCUGCUUAAGGAAUGGAAAAACAAAUGUCAAGUUGCAACUGAAUCCUUGACAAGCAGUGCCCCGGAUGUUUCAACAAUAGAUACAUUCAAUUACUCAAGUGCUGAACUCAAUGACUGGCUCUCUCUUCUUGAUCACAUGAUUACAUCACACCGCGUGAUGGUAGGAUAUCUCAGUGACAUCAGUGACCUGACUGUGAAACUCAAGUCAGCAGUAAAAGACAUGGAACAAAGAUGCCCACAGCUGAAUAAACAGAUCACUGCAGCAGAAAACCUUAAAAACAAAACUAACAACCCUCAGAUGCGUUCUACAAUCACAGAUCGAAUUGAGAAAUUACAAGCACACUGGGAAGAUUCACAUACCAAGUUGAUGGACAGAAUAAUGCAACUUCAGAACAUGUAUCAAGACUCCAAGGAGUGGCUGGAUGCCGAGAAAACGGCGGAGUCACACAUAAAGCAAGCCAGUGAAAAACUAGAAGGCUUGAAAGAAGUCCCAGCAGGUUCUGAUCAAGAAAACUUUCAGAAACUUGCUAAAGAUAUACAGCUGUGGCAAGCCGAUAUUGACGAAACGAAUAAACUGGCAAACAAAUUACUGGUCCUUUAUUCCGAUGAUGACACGAGCAAGAUUAAGCAGAUGACUGAGAAUAUGAAUCUUGCUUGGGGCAAAAUUAAAAAAGGUGCAGGGGACACAGAGGUCGACCUUGAGGCCAGACUGCAGCAAAUGCACCACUUUUACGCAGACCUGGAAAUGUUUUGUAACUGGCUAACUGAAGCAGAAACAACAGCGAAUGUCUUACAAGAUGCUACCUAUAAGGAAUCUCUUCUGGAGGACCCAGUCACAGCACACCACUUACUGAAGCAAUGGCAAGAUCUUCAGAAGGAGAUUGAUACCCAGAAAGAUACGUAUCAUUCACUUGAUGAAAAUGGGCAGCGUAUUGUGGCAUCGCUGGGAAGGACAGACGACGCUAUAGUGCUGCAAAAACAGCUGUACAAUGUGGGAAAGCGCUGGCAGGACUUGUGUCAAAAGGUCUACAGUAUGAGGCAUUACCUGGAUGAUAACAUGGAACAGUGGAAGAAUUUUCACUUAUCCUUACAAGGUCUGCUCCAGUGGCUACAGCUUAAAAGGGAGGAGCUGGAGCAACAGAAACCAGUUGGGGGCGAUGUACCUGCUGUACAUCAGCAGCUGAUCAUCCAUAAGGAUUUCAGGAGGGAGCUAAGUGCAAAAGAGCCUUCAAUCAAUGGAGCACUUGAUAAUGUGAAGACUUUUCUUUUUGAGAUGCCUGGUGAACAAAGGAAACAGACUCCUGUUGAAAGAGUUGUCAGCUCAGAGGAAAGAAAUCAAAAUGUUGAACGCAUUUUGCGUAAGGAAGCAGACGAUGUAAACAAACUUUGGAAGAACCUACGUACAGCUGCAGCAGACUGGCAACAACAGCUGGAGCUAGCUUUGGAGAGACUAAUGGAAAUACAAAGUACAACGGAGCAGUUAGAGUUCAAGCUUCAUCAAGUUGAAAUUGAAAAGAAUUCUUGGGACCCAGUUGAAGACCUGCUUGUUGACAAUUUAAGUGACCAAUUCGAGAUGGUUAAGGGUUUCCAGGAGACGAUAGCUCCGAUCCAGGAUGAUAUAAAUCAUGUCAACAAAUUAGUUUCUCAGUUUAGAGUGCCUGGUAUACAGCUGUCUCCAGACAACCUGAAGAGAAACGAUGAUCUCAAUAGGCGAUGGAGAUUUCUGCAGAUAUCUAUUGAAGAGCAUCUGUCCCAACUUAUUGAGGCCCACAAAGACUAUGGACCCAAUUCUCAGCAGUUUCUACAAGAGUCUGUGCAGAGUCCUUUCGAGCGCUCGGUUUCCCCAAACAGUGUUCCAUAUUAUAUAAACCACCAGACACAAACAACGUGUUGGGACCAUCCAAAAAUGGCAGAGUUGUACCAGUCUUUAGCGGAUCUCAACAAUGUAAGAUUUUCUGCAUACAGAACAGCAAUGAAGUUACGGAGGCUGCAGAAGGCCCUGUGCCUGGAUCUACUGGGGAUGUCAGCAGCAUGUGAAGCCUUUGAACAGCACAACCUGAAACAGAACGAGCAGUUCAUAGACAUCAUGCAGGUUAUCAGCUGUCUCACAAGUAUCUACGACCGUUUGGAGCAGCAACAUAGCAACCUUGUGAACGUUCCUCUGUGUGUGGACAUGUGUCUAAACUGGUUGCUUAAUGUUUAUGACACAGGUAGAACUGGGAGGAUUCGAACCCUGUCUUUAAAAACAGGAAUAAUCUCACUCUGCAAAGCUCACCUUGAAGACAAAUACAGAUUUCUGUUUAGACAGGUGGCUAGUGCCACAGGUUUCUGUGAUCAGCGACGCCUUGGCCUUCUGCUACAUGACUCAAUCCAAAUCCCCAGGCAGCUGGGUGAGGUGGCAUCAUUUGGAGGAAGCAACAUUGAACCUAGUGUGCGCAGCUGUUUUCAGUUUGCAAAUAACAAGCCAGAGCUAGAAGCUUCAGUCUUCUUAGAUUGGAUGCGUUUGGAGCCACAGUCAAUGGUCUGGCUCCCUGUACUUCACCGCGUUUCAGCAGCAGAGACGGCCAAGCACCAGGCCAAAUGCAACAUUUGCAAGGAAUGUCCUAUUAUAGGCUUCAGGUAUAGAAGCUUAAAGCACUUUAACUACGACAUCUGCCAAAGCUGCUUCUUUUCAGGCAGAGUGGCCAAGGGUCAUAAAAUGCAAUACCCCAUGGUUGAAUAUUGCACUCCGACAACCUCUGGUGAAGAUGUAAGGGAUUUUGCCAAGGUGCUAAAGAACAAGUUCAGGACAAAACGUUAUUUUGCCAAACACCCCCGUAUGGGCUACCUUCCUGUGCAGACCAUUCUGGAGGGCGAUAACAUGGAGACCCCUGUUACUCUGAUAAAUUUCUGGCCUGUUGACCACCCACCAGCAUCUUCUCCACAGCUGUCCCAUGAUGACACUCACUCACGCAUUGAACAUUACGCUAGCAGGCUCGCUGAAAUGGAAAACAGAAAUGGCUCAUAUGUGAAUGAGAAUAUUUCUCCCAAUGAGAGCAUGGAUGAUGAGCAUCUACUGAUCCAGCACUACUGCCAGAGUCUUAACCAGGCCUCCCCGUUAAACCAUCCACAGAGCCCUGCACAGAUCCUUAUUUCAAUGGAGAAUGAAGAAAAAGGAGAACUUGAGCGAGUUCUCAAUGAUCUUGAGCAGGAGAAUAGGAGGCUACAGGCAGAAUAUGAUGGACUUAAAAAGGCCCAUGACCACAAGGGUUUUUCACCUCUACCUUCACCUCCACCAAUGCUACCUGUUUCACCCCAAAAUCGUGAUGCUGAGCUCAUUGCUGAGGCAAAACUACUGAGACAACACAAGGGUCGCUUAGAGGCAAGAAUGCAAAUUCUGGAAGACCAUAACAAGCAGCUUGAGUCUCAGCUUAAGAGGCUUAGACAGCUGCUAGAGCAGCCACAGGCUGAGUCCAAGGUGAAUGGCACUACCCUGUCAUCUCCCUCUACUGCCUCCCAGAGAUCUGACACCAGCCUGGCCUCACUGCAUGUGGCCACAAGCCAAACCACAGAGACUAUGGGUGGUGAUGAGUUGUCCAGUGCCUUCCAGGAUCCAGUCAGUGGGCUAGUGGAAGUAACUGAACAACUAAAUAAAUAAUUUCCUCAUAUCCAAGGGGACUGGACAGCUCAACCUAUAACAGGUUGUACUACACAAUGGACGAUCCAAGGGCAUUGGAUUCGUCCGAUUUUCCUCUCUUGAUGAAGCCAAUAAUGCCAUCAGAGUGGAAAGCUGGUGAGAGGGAGGCCACUGUGCAUCACUAUGGCUAAACAGUGGACAGGGGGCAGCCGUCCCACGGAGCUCUACCUUCAUCCAUCCAGAAACAUGCAGUGGUUCCGUCCACAGCAUAAGUCAUUCUGUCCUCAUAAUGUUCUACAAAAUGAACACUAGUAAACACACACCUGACAAACACACACAUUAUGCAAAGUAACAAAUCUCUGUUUUUCUCUUUCAGGUCAUCGCUCUGUCAGACUGUUCUCCUAAAUUUAUUUAAAACAAUUUUGUUUUUUAUUUUAAUAAAUCCUUUUUAUAAUUUUAAAGAAAUUGUCAAAAUCUUUUUUACUGUAAAUAAAUGUGCAAAUAACCAACUGCGAUG